CUCCUCCAGUAUGGCCGGCGUCCUGUAGGCUGGCGAGUCCCUGCCGGGUCCAUGUGAGAUUAAAGCUGUAUUACUUAAAAACACCAUGUCGGCCUUGCUUUUCCUGAAGACGUCUCGGAGCAGACUCCCGGCCAGCGUGGUCCGGCAGGUCGUGGGCUGCUCCUACCACACGGAGAGAGGGGUUUACGGGUACCGACCCAAGCAGACCGGCCCCGGCCACCAGCUGCAGAGAGACCGGAUCUCUGCCCUGAACCAAGAUCAUGGUCUUGCUCGUCUGGUGGAGGCAUAUAGAGCACAUGGACACAAGGCUGCUAAAAUUAACCCUUUACUGCCCCAGAGGCCCGUGGUUGACAGUGUGCCUGAGAUAAACAUGCUGGCUGACACCAUGAGAGGCAACUUCAACACCUCAGGCCUGCGGCACUUCGGAAAGGCCCAGGCACCGGUGGAGGAGGUGCAGGCCUACCUGGAGGAAACCUACUGCGGUCACGUGUCGGUGGAGACCAGCCAGCUGAGCAGUCUGGAGGAGAGAGAGUGGUUCUCCGACCGCUUCGAGGAGCUCAAGAGGGAGAGCUUUUCUCCGGAGAAGAAGAAGCAGCUGGCCAAGGUCAUGUUGGAGUCUCAGGAAUUUGACCACUUUCUUGCCACCAAGUUUGCUACGGUAAAGCGUUAUGGAGGAGAAGGUGCAGAGAGCAUGAUGGGCUUCUUCUACGAGCUUUUCCACCAGUCGGCCCACAGCGGAGUCACCGACGUGGUCAUCGGCAUGCCCCACCGAGGCCGCCUCAACCUCCUGACGGGCCUGCUGAAGUGUCCCCCGGAGCUCAUGUUCCGUAAGAUGCGCGGCCUCAGCGAGUUCCCUGAAACGUCUCCGGCCACCGGGGACGUCCUCUCCCACCUCACCUCCUCGGUGGAGUUGGAUUUCGGAGCAGAGCGGCCUCUUCACGUCACCAUGCUGCCUAACCCGUCUCACCUGGAGGCCAUUAACCCCGUGGCUCAGGGUAAAGCCAGAGCCCGACAGCAGCUCAGGAAGGAGGGGGACUAUUCCCCGGAGGAGAACGCCCAGCCGGGCGACCAAGUCGUCUGCCUGCAGAUCCACGGUGACGGCUCGUUCACCGGUCAGGGGAUCGUCCCAGAGACCUUGACUCUGUCCAACCUUCCUCACUACAGGGUUGGCGGGAGCAUCCACCUCAUUGUGAACAACCAAGUGGGUUACACCACUCCCUCGGAGAGAGGGAGAUCCUCCCUGUACUGCAGCGACGUCGGUAAGAUGGUGAACUGCGCCGUGAUCCACGUGAACGGUGACGAUGCGGAGGAUGUGCUGCGGGCCGCUCAGCUGGCCGUGGACUACCAGCGCCAUUUCAGGAAGGACGUGAUCGUGGACCUGAUCUGCUACCGUCAGUGGGGCCACAACGAGAUGGACGAGCCGUUCUUCACCAACCCGGCCAUGUACAAGAUCAUCAGGUCCCGUAAGAGCGUCCCCGACUCCUACUCAGACCAGCUGAUCUCCGACGGCCUGAUGACCGAGGCCGAGCGGGCCGACAUCAAGACCGGCUACUACGGCGCGCUCAACGACAAGCUGUCCAACAUGACGCUGUACAGCCCCCCCCCCACCAACCUGCAGGGCCGCUGGGGCGACCUGGCGGAGCCGCAGGCCCGGGUCAGCACCUGGGACACCGGCGUCCCCGUCCCGCUGCUGCAGUUCAUCGGAGCCAAGUCGGUGGACGUCCCCGAGGACGUGCAGCUGCACAGCCACCUGGGGAAGACUCACGUACAGGCCCGUUUGCAAAAAUUGCAAGAGGGAACCAAACUGGACUGGUCGACCGCAGAAGCCCUGGCCUUCGGCUCCCUCCUCUCCCAAGGCUUUAACAUCCGCAUCAGCGGACAGGACGUUGGGCGAGGCACCUUCAGCCAGCGACAUGCCAUGGUUGUGUGUCAGGAGACCAACGACAUGUGCAUCCCCCUCAACCACAUCAGCCCCCAGCAGACAGGUUUCAUGGAGGUGUGCAACAGCCCGCUGUCGGAGGAGGCGGUGUUGGGAUUUGAAUACGGCAUGAGCAUCGCACAGCCCAAGCUUCUACCCAUCUGGGAGGCCCAGUUUGGAGAUUUCUUCAACGGCGCGCAGAUCAUCUUUGACACCUUCCUCUCUGGAGGUGAGGCCAAGUGGCUGCUACAGUGCGGGAUGGUGAUCCUGCUGCCUCACGGCUACGACGGAGCCGGGCCCGAGCAUUCCUCCUGCCGCAUGGAGCGCUUCCUCCAGAUGUGUGACAGUAAAGAGGAGGGAGUGGACGGCGACAACGUGAACAUGUGCGUGGCCAACCCCACCACCCCCGCUCAGUACUUCCACCUGCUGAGGAGACAGAUGAUCCGAAACUUCCGCAAACCUCUCAUCGUGGUCGGACCCAAGAUGCUGCUCAGGUUUUCCGGCGCGGUGUCCAGUCUGACGGAGCUGGCUCCAGGAACCAGCUUCAGACCGGUGCUGGGAGACACUUCUGUCGCAGCUAAAAGCGUCCAGAGGGUGGUGCUGUGCUCGGGGAAGCACUACUACGCCCUGCUGAAGCAGAGGGAGGCGGCGGCCAACCAGAGCACGGCGCUCGUCCGUGUGGAGGAGCUGUGUCCCUUCCCCCUGGACGCUCUGCAGCAGGAGCUCAAAAAAUACCCCGAUGCCAAAGAGUUCGUCUGGAGUCAGGAGGAGCCUCAGAACAUGGGCCCCUGGUCCUUCGUGGCCCCGAGGUUCGAGAAGCAGCUGGGCUGCAAGCUGCGGUUAGUGAGCCGGCCCGCCUUGCCCGCCCCCGCCGUCGGGAUCGGGACCCUCCAUCAGCAGCAGCAAGAGGCCAUCCUGUCUGCUACUUUCUCCUGAGACUGAAGGAAAAACGGGGAGGUUAACCAGGACAUGAGCACCGUUGCUGCAUCAUGUCUGCCUGCUGCUGAGGCUGCUGUGACAACGGCACGCCGGACAUUUCAGGACGUGAAUGUGUGGUUCUCAAUCAGACAUGCAGCUUAGUCAUAGAGAAGAGUGUUAAUUUUAUCAGAAGACUUGAAGUUACAUGUUUUAAUUGUAGUGUUUGUGUGUUUUUUGAAAGGAAGGUCUGAGUUCCUGUCUGCUCAUUUCUAUCUGUGUCGCCUGUUUUUGACGUUAGAGGCGCCGUGAUCGAGGCCUUAGAGUGGAUGUUUACACCGGACAACUCACAGAACAAGCCACUGGGAUACGUGAAACUGUGGUUUCACGCUCUGCAUCUCAGGAAUCAGAGGGAUUCAGUCUCUUCAUGCACUAUUGGAAGAAAGAAAUUAUAAGAAACUGUCAAAUAUCUCGGGUCAUUUACCGAGAAACGUGUCCCGGUGAAACGUCUGCACGAACAAGUCAUCCGUAUUAUUUAAUCACAGUUCAAACUGAGAUGGGAAUUCAAAAUAAUAGCAUUACAGGAGAAUAGUGUAAAUACAACAAUGUUUUCCAAUAAACUGAUUUUGAUGUU